AUGGGACUCACCGAGGGGGUGUUCCUGAUUCUGUCUGGCACUCAGUUCACACUGGGAAUUCUGGUCAAUUGUUUCAUUGAGUUGGUCAAUGGUAGCAGCUGGUUCAAGACCAAGAGAAUGUCUUUGUCUGACUUCAUCAUCACCACCCUGGCACUCUUGAGGAUCAUUCUGCUGUGUAUUAUCUUGACUGAUAGUUUUUUAAUAGAAUUCUCUCCCAACACACAUGAUUCAGGGAUAAUAAUGCAAAUUAUUGAUGUUUCCUGGACAUUUACAAACCAUCUGAGCAUUUGGCUUGCCACCUGUCUUGGUGUCCUCUACUGCCUGAAAAUCGCCAGUUUCUCUCACCCCACAUUCCUCUGGCUCAAGUGGAGAGUUUCUAGGGUGAUGGUAUGGAUGCUGUUGGGUGCACUGCUCUUAUCCUGUGGUAGUACUGCAUCUCUGAUCAAUGAGUUUAAGCUCUAUUCUGUCUUUAGGGGAAUUGAGGCCACCAGGAAUGUGACUGAACACUUCAGAAAGAAGAGGAGUGAGUAUUAUCUGAUCCAUGUUCUUGGGACUCUGUGGUACCUGCCUCCCUUAAUUGUGUCCCUGGCCUCCUACUCUUUGCUCAUCUUCUCCCUGGGGAGGCACACACGGCAGAUGCUGCAAAAUGGGACAAGCUCCAGAGAUCCAACCACUGAGGCCCACAAGAGGGCCAUCAGAAUCAUCCUUUCCUUCUUCUUUCUCUUCUUACUUUACUUUCUUGCUUUCUUAAUUGCAUCAUUUGGUAAUUUCCUACCAAAAACCAAGAUGGCUAAGAUGAUUGGCGAAGUAAUGACAAUGUUUUAUCCUGCUGGCCACUCAUUUAUUCUCAUUCUGGGGAACAGUAAGCUGAAGCAGACAUUUGUAGUGAUGCUCCGACGUGAGUCUGGUCAUCUGAAGCCUGGAUCCAAGGGACCCAUUUUCUCUUAG